AGCCAGUCGAGUCGCAAUAACGUGUGGUUCAUGGACUUCAGUCACGACGGAGUCUUAUGUAACAGUAACUGCACAUUACGUUAGCAAGGACUGGAAGAUCUUGUCGCAUGUGCUGCAAACGAGAGCAGUUUAUGAGUCUCACACGGGUUCUCAUCUGGCGGAGCUACUGUCUCGUGUCGUGGAAGAAUGGCAGCUGUCCGAUAAAUCUGUAGUGCUUGUGACCGACAAUGCGUCGAACAUGAUUGUUGCUGCUCAAGUUGGAAAAUUCCCUCAUGUAAAAUGCUUCACCCAUACACUGAAUCUCGCAUCCCAGCGGGCGCUGAAAGUGGCCACGCUCUCCAGGCUUUUAGGCAGAGUGCGACGAAUAUCAACAUUUUUUCACCGCAGCACUACAGCAAACCACUGUCUGAAAGAAAAACAGAAAUGUCUUGGCCUGAAGAAUCAUAAGCUGAUAACUGAUGUGACAACAAGGUGGAACAGCUCAUAUGACAUGGUCGAGAGGUUCCUAUAACAGCAACCUGCAAUCUGUGCCACAUUGUUGUCUCCAGAAGUCAGAAAAAGUGAGUCAGAUCUCUGCACUCUCAACGAAACAGAUGUGUCAAAUGCAGAGGAUGCUGUGAGUGCAUUAAAGCCAAUGAAAGAUGCAACCACACUGAUGUCAGAAGAGCGCAAUCCAACUGUUUCUCUCAUUGCCCCUCUAAAUGCACAACUGCUCCAGAACACGACAGACACCAUGGGAGACACACCCAUGAUCCAUGAGAUCAAGAAUGCCAUCAAAACAGAUCUCCUGAAGAGGUACAGCAGUGAGGCAGAGAAGAAAAUACUUUAUACAGCCUCUGCCCUGGAUCCUCGUUUUAAGGGACUGCCUUUUAUUCUCACAGAGGAGGAGAGAUUGGAGAUAUACAGAGGAGUGACUGAGGAGGCUGCAUCCUUGGAGAUUGAGUGUACUAGUACAGUUACAUCUAGGAGGACAAACGUGAAUGAAGUGCCACUGCCGGAGGGAAAAGAAACUCUUGAAGAAGAAUCACCCAUCGAGGAGGAUCAGGAUAACCCUUCUCCUCCCAAAAGAAAGUCCACAUCGCUGCUCAUGACUUUGCUGGGACAGUCUUUCACUGACACUGAAGGUACAAUAGAACCCAAGACCCCCUAUGUCAAGGCUGAAGAGGAAAUAGAGAAAUAUUGUAAAGCCCCAUCUCUGCCUCUCACUGAAGACCCUUUGAAAUGGUGGCAUGUACAUGAGGUCAUAUUUCCCCUCCUCUCUCAUUUGUCAAAGCGAUACUUGUGUAUCGCAGGUACAAGCGUGUCUGCAGAGCGGGUUUUCUCCACUGCAGGAGAUGUGGUAACGGCAAAAAGAAGCACCCUCAAACCAGAGCAUGUGGAUCAACUAGUGUUCUUACAGAAAAACCUACAUAUUCCAUAAUUCUGAGUAGUGAUUCAGGUUUAUAAUAUUAAUAUUUAAUGUUUUUUGGCACAUCCAGAAGAAUGUGCUGUGUGCCCCACU